AACGAAGCUUCACUCUCUACAUUAUGUCUGUCCCAGAAGUAUCGCAAGCUGUUGAGCUAUGCAUCCUGCUGGAUUGUACUGGAAGCAUGUGUCGCGAAAUUAAUACUAUUCGAUAUGAAAUGAAAGAAGUCAUCUCUAGUUUGAUCGAAACUCAACGCUGUAACAUUCAGGUUUCUCUUCUCGAGUUUAGGGAUCACAGUCAUCUGGAACCUACUUUUCUGGUGAAAACUCAUCCAUUUACGAGAUCAAUAAAGGAAUUUGACAGAUGGUUCGAGGAGGCUGAAGGAUUUGGAGGUGGAGAUAUACCUGAGGGUAUUACUCAAGCAAUAUAUGUUGCAUCUACUAUGAGUUGGCAAGAAGAAUCAAUAAAAAUUUGUAUCCUUGUCACGGAUGCUCCACCACAUGGACUUCAUACAGAAAUUGACUCCAUGCCUGAGGGAAACGAGAGAGACCUUGUCAAAUUAGUUAAAGAUAUGAAUGAUAGUGGUUUUUCAUUAUAUGUUUUGGGACGUGGUAAAGGUAUUACACCGUAUCAACAUUUUUACGAAGCCCUUGCACAUCUUGGAGGAGGACAAUACUUUAAACCCUAUAAGUUAUUUUUGUUCAGUAAAGUUUUAAAGUCAGAUAUUUUGGCUGAAAUUAACUUGCAAAAAAUGCUAGAAGAACUUAGAGAGGAUGUUGAAGGGUGUGAAUCAAUGGAUCUUGAUGAACUAAUUGACUCAGUAUAUUCGAGAUUUAGAUUGAAAGGUCCCAGUAUGAGAAGCAGGUCUCAUAAAAGAAUUUCAAAGAAAGCCCAAUUGUAUCUUGAAUGUAACGAUUUGAAAGAGAUGAGAUCGAUAUUUGAAAAGGAAAUGAAGAGUCCCCUUCACCGAGAAGACACAGGAGAUUUCAUCACAAACGAAAGUUCUUCAACUCAAAAUGCUCUCGAAGAAGACGUUUUAGCAGAUCGCGAUCGAGAUCCAGGUCCAGAAACCUAUCCAGAUCAAGGUCCAGAUCAAAAUCGAAAAGUAGAUCAAGAUCAAGAUCAAGGUCGAAAAGUAGAUCAAGAUCAAGGUCUGCAUCUAAAAGAACUACAAUCAGAAUUCCAAGCUCUGCAAUGA